AUUUGAAAAAUUUAAAGAAUAUGUAUGGAGACAAGAAUACGUGUAGCGUGCUAACGUUUUUUACCAAUAAAAAAAAUGAAACAAAGUUUGAAUUCGUAACUAUAGCUUAGCUUCUUUAAUUUUCAAGACUCAAGCACUUCCCAAUUUAUUUGGAGAGAAAAUGGGAAUGAGGGUAGUACUUUGGUUGUGUUUGUUGCCUCUAUGCUUUGAUUUUUUACGCGCAGUUGCUGGAAGUGAAGGCAAAGAGUAUAAUCGUAACGAUUUUCCUAAGGAUUUCGUAUUUGGUGUUAGUACCUCAGCUUAUCAGGUAGAGGGAGCAGCAUUGGAGGAUGGGAGGAAGCGCAGUAUUUAUGAUACUUUUGCUCAUCGUUCAAAGCAUGAGACGCAAAAUCCGGAUGUAGGAUGUGAUCAGUAUCAUAAAUACAAGGAAGAUGUUAAACUCAUGGUAGAAACAGGAUUGAAUGCCUAUCGAUUUUCUAUAUCAUGGUCGAGAUUAAUACCAAAUGGUAGAGGACCUGUUAACCCUAAAGGGUUAAGAUACUACAACAACCUCAUCAAUGAACUUAUAAGUCAUGGAAUUGAGCCACAUGUAACAUUAACGCAUACGGAUACACCACAAGUCCUUGAGGAUGAAUAUGGAGGUUUCCUUGACCCGAGGAUCAUAGAAGACUAUACAUCAUACGUAGAUGUUUGCUUUAGAGAAUUUGGUGAUAGAGUUCGACAUUGGACAACAUUCAAUGAGGCGAACAUCUUCGUCAUUGGUGGUUAUGAUGUGGGGAUUACACCCCCAAGUAGAUGUUCUUCACCAUUUGGAAUCCAUUGUACAGGAGGAAACUCGACUACUGAGCCAUACGUUGUUGCCCACAUAAUACUAUUGGCGCAUGCAUAUGCUGUAAGGAUAUAUAAGGAAAAGUAUCAGGCCAAACAACUUGGAUUUAUCGGGAUGAAUCUCCUUUGUUACCAUUUUAGUCCUCUUACGAACAAAAGUGAAGACGUGAUUGCAGCUCAAAGAUCCUACGAUUUUUAUAUUGGCUGGUUUAUGCACCCCUUGACAUAUGGUGAUUACCCUGAAAUAGUGAAGAAAAAUGCCGGCUCAAGAAUUCCGGUUUUCUCAAAAACAGAAUCAAAAUUAGUGAAGGGCUCAUUUGAUUUUAUUGGAAUUAACUACUAUACUGUCAUGAUGAUCAAAGACAACUCUAUAAGCCUCACCAAAAUGCCCAGAGAUCUUUUUGCUGACAUGGCAGUGGAGUGGCUAAUGGAUCCUAAUACGAGUGAAGUGCCGAUGGAGUUUGUGUUUCCCAACGAAGCAUGGGGCCUAGAGCGAGUACUGGAGCAUUUCAAAGAAGUUUAUGAAAAUCCUACUAUCUUUAUCCAUGAAAAUGGACAAGCGUCGAAUUAUAACACGUCAAUAAAUGAUCCAUUCAGGGUUGAGUACAUACAUGCUCAUAUUGGGAGUUUGCUUAAUGCUGUGAGAAAUGGAUCAAAUACAAGAGGGUACUUUGUAUGGUCAUUAUUGGACGUAUACGAACUGUUAUUUGACUUCGACUAUACCUUCGGGUUAUAUUAUGUUAAUUACAGUGAUCCAAAAUUGACAAGACAUCCUAAGUUAUCUCAAAAAUGGUACUCUGAAUUUUUGAAGGGAAACUACGCAACUACUGCGGAUAUAGGAAUCAAUCAAGUAGAGAAUACAACGACUCUCGAUGCCCUCCAAUAUAGUGCUUCAUAAUGCCGGUACUGCUGCACCGAAAUUAAAGGAAUACUAUUCACAACAAAAUUAAAAAUUGUAUACUGAAGAGAAAAGCCAAAAGUUUACGGAGUAGGAAUAUCAUUGAUAAUUUCCCUUUUAUUUAUAUCAUACAUUUUAGUUGUGAUAUGCUAGUUUAUACGGAGUAUUUCCUAAUGUACCAUAGGUCCAUAGUCCAUACUCCAUAGGACUUAGAAUGGGUACUGGAUUGUUACAAUUUACAAAGAGGUUUAUCAAAAUCCUCAUAUCAUUAUUUAUAAAAAUGGUUAUAUAUUCUUCUU